AUGAAUCAAUAUGAGACAGAGAGACGCCUGUGUUGGUGCUAUGGUUUCUUGAGUAUUUUGCUAGGAGUUUCGGUGAUAUGUACUGCAAUACCGUAUAACCACUGGAGAGUGACGUUAGACGUUUGCCCUGGUAGUUGGCUCGAGAACUCAAAUUGUGGCUGUAUCUUCUACGGAGUUAGUACAUUUCAGUAUUUCAGUGGCGGGCACAAUUCAUAUUGCCUGUAUGCUAUAUUUGCUCCAUUACCGCUAGUAGUGUACGCGCUCGUGAUGACUCUGUUUCAUAUGUACAGAGUUUGUAUCAAUAACAUUGGACAAUAUGAAGGUGAAAAAUCAGCUACAGUUGAAGAAAUUGAAGGAGAAACAAUAAUCGUAACUUCUAGAGCCAGAACAACAAGAGAGAAUGAUGCAGUAAUGUACUGCUGGAUACCAACGUCUUCCAUAGCUGCCGUCUUUGCCAUUUACAAUUUAGUUCAUUCUUCGAUAAUGACCGAUGGUUUCCUAAAAACUUGCCAGCAAUACCGAGGAUACUUAGUUCGGGAACUUCAUGCAACAGGAGAUCAUGCUACUGCCAUUCACUUUCGCUUGAGUUGUCAAGCUAUUUUCGACUUUAUGGAUUAUAUACAGAAGGAUGCACCAAAUAGCCGCAGAGGAGACUUUAUUAAUACAGGAAUUGCUUUGCAAUUGGCCCUAAUAACGUCUUGGUUGGCUGUUAUUUUGUGGAUAGUAGUCUCAGCAUAUACAGCCAUUAGAGCAUACAAAGAAAGAGAAGUUUUAACCUGCUGUGGCAAUUAAUUAUUUAUAAAAAGGUUUUAUUAACUUAUUAUGGUAACUACUAAAUGUUUUGAUUGCUUAUAUCUUAAAGAUAUUCAAAUUAUAAAUUUUACAAAUAUUACUUAUAUACAAAAUAAGAUAUGAACAGAAAAUAUAUCAAAUUCCAUAGUUUAUCCCACCGUCACUUUUAAGUAUUUUUAAAUGACAACGAAAUAUUAUUAAUUAAUUAAUUUAGUUAGUGAUUAGUUGUCCUACUAUGCAAACUCUUAAAGCUUAAUUGAAGUA